AUGGCGGGUUUGAACUUGAAACUUCACAUAUUCUUGAAUAUUAUCUUAUCCAUCGUCAUCAUUUGCUCUCCAGCCUCUAAAUCAUUCUCUACCAAAAGUUUCCUUAAAUGUUUCUCUCCUCAUCUAAAACACAACUCUAAAAUGGUCCCAAUUUUUUCGGAGAUAAUUCUAACUAAAAACAGCUCAUCUUACUCCUCAGUCUCACAAUCUUCUAUCAGGAACAGAAGAUUUUUAAAAACGCCGUCGCGGUUAAAACCCGAAAUCAUUCUCACCCCGUUCCACGAAUCCCACGUCCAAGCAGCAGUAGUUUGCUCCACGCAAAACGAUAUCCAAAUCAGGGUUCGAAGCGGGGGACACGACUACGAAGGCUUAUCUUAUGUCUCCGAUCAUUUCUCUCCUUUCAUGAUCAUCGAUCUAAACAAUUUUCGUUCCAUUAAAGUAGACAUAGAGAAAGAAGUCGCUUUUGUCCAGGCUGGUGCAUCUGUUGGAGAGUUGUACUACAAAAUCGCCGAAAAAAGCGGAGUUCAUGGAUUCCCGGCGGGGUCGUGCCCCACAGUAGGAGUUGGAGGACAAUUUAGUGGAGGUGGUUUCGGAACAAUAUUCAGAAAAUAUGGUUUAGCAGCGGAUAAUAUUAUCGAUGCGAUAAUUGUCAACGUUAAGGGAGAAAUUCUUGAUAGAAAGUCAAUGGGGGAAGAUCUUUUUUGGGCCAUUAGAGGUGGCGGAGGGUCGAGCUUUGGAGUCAUUCUUUCAUGGAAAGUCAAGUUGGUUCGCGUUCCUCCAACUGUUAGCAUAUUUCACAUCCAAAAGACACUUGAAGAAGGUGCAACCAAGCUCUUCCAUAAAUGGCAAAGGACCGCCAAUCGCAUCCAUGAAGACCUCUUUCUUCACGCUACGACCGGAGUGGCAAGUACAAACGAAAUCAACCGGAAAACCAUUAAGGUUUCAUUCACGUCGUUGUUUCUCGGAACAGCUCAGAAGCUCGUCUCUUUAUUGGAGGAAAGCUUCCCAGAACUAGGCUUGGAAAUUAGCAACUGCACAGAGAUGAGUUGGAUUCAAUCUGUUCUUUAUUUUGCGGGGUUUUCGACCGAUGAUCCUCUAGAGGUUUUGCUCAACAGAAAUAUGACGGCCGGUUUCUUCAAAGCCAAAUCAGAUUACGUGAAAGAAGCCAUUUCAGAAGCUAGUUUAGAAGUUAUAUGGAAGAGACAUAUUGAAGAUGAGGGAUCGGUUUUGAUUUGGACACCUUAUGGUGGAAGGAUGAGUGAGAUUUCGGAUAGCGAAAUAGCUUUCCCACAUAGAAAUGGGAAUUUGUACGGAAUUCAGUACUUAGUUUAUUGGAGUGAAGAUAACGAAACUGCAAAUCAUAUAGGAUGGAUGAGAAGGUUUUAUAGUUAUAUGGAAGCCUAUGUUUCAAAGUCUCCAAGAGCUGCUUAUCUCAACUACAGAGACAUUGACAUUGGCAAGAAUGAUAUUGGUAAUACAAGCUAUUCAAAAGCGUCUACUUGGGGGGUCAAGUAUUUCAAGCAUAAUUUUAAGAGACUUGUUAGUGUCAAAACCAAAGUUGAUCCUUGCAAUUUUUUCAGGAACGAACAAAGCAUUCCUGUCAUGGAAUCUUAA